GAACUCCACUAGAGGCCUCUGCAGCCACCCCCACGGUGAGGCUGGUUGAUCUAAAGCAGCUUCCACGAUGUCCCAGCAACACACUCUGCCAGUGACCUUGCCCCCUGAACUCUGUCAGGAGCCCCUCAAGCCUGUUUCUCCUCCCAUCAACACCCAGCAGGAGCAAGUGAAACAUCCAACCCACCUGCCUGCCCUGUGCCAGGAGAUGUCCUCCGAGCUCCCAGGGGAGGUCCCCUUGGGGCACAUGGAGAAUCAUUCAGCUCUUGUGAAGGGGGAGCCUGAGCAACAGUGUGCACCACCACAGCUGGAACAGCAACCGGAACAGCAGCAGCAAGACUCACAGGAGCAGGAACUGUGUCUGGAACAGCAUCCGGAACAGCAUCUGGAGCUACAGGAACCAGAACAGCAUCUGGAACAGCAGCAGCAGCAAGAGUCACAGAAGGAUGAAAUUCACCUGGAACAGCAUCCAGAACAGCAGCAGCAGCAAGAGUCACAGGAGCAGGAACUGCACCUGGAACAGCAUCUGGAGCAGCAGAAGGAGCAGCAGCAACAAAAGGAACAGUGUGAGGAACAUCAGGAAGCAAAAGCUCUGGAGCAGCAGCUGGAGCAGGUGAAAGCACCAACGAAGCAGCAAGAGGAACAGCCGACACAGGACAAGAAGCUCAUGGACGAGCACCUGGAUGGAGAGCUAGCAAAGGGAAAUGAGCACCUGGAAAAGAGAGAAGAGCAGCUGCUGGAGCAGAGAGCAGAGCCAGAGCCAGCUGAACAGCAGGGAGGGCAGCUGAAGCAGCCCGCCUUUGUCCCAGCUCCUGGCCAGGCCCAGGAGCCCCAACUAGUCCAGCCACUGAAGGGAGAAGUCAUGCCCCUCACAGAGCAGCAGCAGCAGAAGCAGGAGGCGUAUGACCCCCCCAAAUGUAAUUAAGCACCCCCAGUAUCCCAGAGGCUCUCAGGGCAUCCCACACAAGUGACGAGAGAGCCCGUGGCCUCUCUUAUCUCAGGUCCCCCGCCAGGUGGCCCUCCUCAUCUGUGAACCUGCGUCAGCCUGUCCUUCUGCAUGCUUCUUCGAUGGGGCUGAGGGAAGGGAAAGUUAUGUCCAGAACCCAUCCCUAAUGAGUUCAGUCCCAACAGUGGCCAGACCCUCUGUCACUAA